AACAGAUGGAAGUUAGAAUAUCUUCACGAACUUCACAGAAGAACUAAAUGGAAAUAUGAAAAAGAGAAUAUCAAAGAAGGAGAUUUAGUUGUCGUAAAAGAUGAUAGAUUGGCUCCGCAUGAAUGGAAGUUAGGUCGUAUCGAAAAAACGUAUCCAGGUAGUGACCAAAAUACCAGGGUUGUAGACAUACGGACGGCAAGUGGCAACAUUAGCAGACCCAUUACAAAAAUUGUCAAAUUGUUUUCCGACUGACUAGUCGGAUUCUCACUCAAAAAAGAAUUUAGUACUCGCCUUAAUUUCUUUUCAGAUAUGGCCGCUUACUUGCCCAACCAGGACUGCCGUCUGGACGAUCGCAACCGUAGCCCAGACUCACCUGCCCGUCCCACAGCAAGAAGCGCCAAUCGACCCAUACGGCCCAUCCAUCGACCCAGUUCCACAUCCCCUGAAAGGCGACAGAGAAGUCGAUCCGACGUAAGACCCCGCCAACGCCAAGAAAGACCUAGCUACUGGCAAUACUCAUGUGGACUAUGCCAAGAAGACCAUGCCCUCAGUGCCUGUGAGAGGUUCCGCCGGCAGACGCCCUUCCAGCGAUAUGAGACCGUGGAGCGUCGGGGGUAUUGCCGAAAUUGCCUGGCGAGAAGUCAUUUGGCCCCCGACUGCCCGUCUUUAACUGGUUGCCGGAGAUGCAACGACCGGCACCAUACCCUAUUGCACGGGGCGUCUCAAUUGGAGGAGGUAUCCCUAAAUAUAGAAGCCGUCACCACCCCAGCUUUCGCGUGGGACUUAGUAUUUGUACCGACGGCUAUGGUACGCAUAACGGCCGAGGGUAUGGAGGGUUUCAGCAUGUUGCGGGCCAUAGUUAGCCAAUCGGCGACGAUGUCCAAGAUCUCAUAUGCAGCUUUCCGUCGCCUGGGUCUGCAGUCGCGGAGCUACAAAGGGGAGCGAUUCACAACCUUCACAGUUUCGCCCCGCCGCACGAACAGUACUUGGAGUCUGAAGGUAAAUGCCGUAAUUAUCGACGAUCUCCCAAGACGCAUUUACUCGGACCCAAUACUUGAAGACCCCACUAGAUGCUUCACGAGCUACGCCUUAGCUGACCCUGAUCCCAGAGGAAAUAGUCCGAUCGAUGUGGAACUGGGAGCGGACACGUACUCCGCCAUAAGGAAAGAUGGGUGUACAGCAGCUGGUAUUGGAGAUGUCCUGGCCUACAACACUCAACUGGGCUACGUGUUUGCUGGGCCAAUCAAGAACAUGCCGAGGAACUGAAGACCGAAGAUCCUUAUGUGAACAUUCAACAACAAGAAGAACAUUACUAAACAAGAACAUACAACACGAAGGUGAAAAAACUUACAAACUACUUAAACGACUGAAUUAAAAAAUGUGUAACUUCUGAAUACUUAAAAUCUACUGAAAAUGUUGUUAAGAAAAUAGUGGAUUAAAAACUAUGAAAAAUUUUAUAAAAUAAAUAAACUUAAGAACUAUUGAAUUAAAACCUAAGAACUAGUAAAUUAAAAAUUUAAAAUAAAUUACAAAACUUAAAAACUAAUUUUACCUACUCCUAAAUUGCACUAAAACCCAAAAAAAAAGCUACUGAAAAAUAAUAAUAAAUAAAAACCCGCAAUAGAAAAACAUAAUAA